AUGCCUUCGCAGCAAGUGGAGGUCGCUGAGGCGAUCGCAGGCAUCAAACGGGCUCUGAAACGUCAACGAGAAGGCACGACCAUACCCUCGAUCCUUUCCGAUCAACCUGUAGCCGCUGCUUCAAAUCGAGGAAACAAGCUUCGACACGGCGCAAAAUUUGUGCACGAAGGAGCUUUGAUUCAUGUGACUGGACCGGAGGUAUAUAAACAGCAGAAGAUCGAACAUGCCGGAUACACGCGAUAUAUUCUUGACAGAAACCCGCGGAGAUACAAUGAAUAUGGUGAAGAGUUGGACGACAGCGAAUCGGACGAAGAGGCGGAUGCGGAUGCCGCAGACCAGAAUGCUUACAGUGGCAUUCGUCUAGAAGAGCUACUAUGUCCUUUGAAACAUCCUUCCGAGCUGCCGGUCCACCCUACGAUGUCACCUGCCUACCUGUCGAGUGCUCUGCCAGACAUGGUAUCUUCAACUCACGAGAAGCUUAGACAGGAGCGCGCCAACUUGUGGAGAGCGAAAUACCUGAACCGACAAUUGACAGGAGAUGCAUCCUGGAUACCGGCAGGAGCACUCGAGUCCCCUGACGACUGGGAGCUGUUCGAGCCAAGGAACCAAGGAGUCCACAGACAGUCGCUGGGGAAGCGCAAAAGACAGGAAAGCGGGAACCAUGGUCAGAAUGGAAAUCCCCAUCAGCACUCGGAGGCGCAGGCUGAACCCAAUGAUGUGGGCAAACACACAGCCAAGCUAGGAGACAACGACCUUCCUGCUCAGAAAAAUGGCGCUGGGGCAGCUGAUGUGGAGAAGGGUAAAGGAGGUGUAACAGAUAAUCAGGCUACCAAUCCUGAAACGACAGAGGGCGAGCAGGUUGCUCAUGCAGCUGCAGAUGUUGUCACAGAGUCCAUGGACGCCCGUGCCGAAGAUGCAGGAAUGGAACAAGACAUGGAGCUGCCUGCUAAGCCAGAACUCAACGGUAUAGAUCCGACACCUACCAACCCCAUUGGUAUAGAUGAAGAGAUGCCUUACAAAGCACGGCCACCGAAUCCACAGAACGAGGCAGAUGUCCAACUUGAGUCAAAAGCUGACCCACUACCAGCCGACCAUGCAGCAGGCCCAGCCUCGCAUGCCGCUUCCGAUGCAGACGAUGCUUCUCCACCUCCGCCGCCACCUCCACCACGCCGCAUUACUCGCGCUCUCGCCGCAAACAAUUCCACCUCCCACUCCAACGCACCCACCCCGCCCCUAUCCCCAGCAUCUACCUCCAGCACCACAACUACCACAACCAGCUCUGACCUCCAAAUCGACCCGCUCUACCUCAUCCCCCCAUCCUCCAACCCAUCAACAAACAUCAACGGCCUGCCCCCAGAAGAAGCCCUCGAAACCCGUCGUCUCUUGACCCUCUACAUUCAAAAGCAAGAAGAGAGCGUCCGAGGCUACGAAUCUAUCCUCUCUAAACUCCUCACGGCACAGCGUUUACGAAAUGAGGUGCUGGAGAUGUGCAAAGCGGAAGAACAUGUAGGUGAGCUGUCGGAUGGAGAGGAUUGGAUCGACGCCGAGCGAUGGGGGCUGCAGCCCGGGGAGCUGAGGAAGGGGAGAGAUGAGGAUGAGGAUGUGCUGGUGGGAGAGGGGCAGGGAGACGGGAAUGGGAUGGGACAUAUUGGUGGUGUUGGGGUGGGAGGGAGGAAGGGAAAGAGGAGGGCGCGGAACUAG